AUGAGUUCCUUACAACGUAAAAAAUCUUUAUUUCGAUUUUUUGGUCGAAAACGACAAUCUCAUUCCGCUCGUCUUCCUGCGGAUUGCCUAUAUGACAUUUUUAAUCUUCUUAAAGAUGACAUUAAAUCUCUUCACUCUUGCAUUCUUGUUAACAGACUUUGGUGUGAAACCGCAAUUCCUUAUUUAUGGUCACAUCCUUUUAAAAGAUCUACUCCCCCUGCUCCUUCACUAAUAAACAUUCUUGUCGCAUGUCUCUCUGAUGAUGAAAAAUCGGUUCUUGUUCAAAAUGGUAUUAAAUUAUCUUCUCAACUUAAAAGACCACCAACUUUUGAUUACGCUGCCUUUAUUCCAAAUCUUAGUUUAGAAAGUCUUUACUCUAGUGUUCAAAAUUGGACUAUGCGACAAUCAGUGAAAAGACCUGAAAAUAUUGAAUAUUUAUCCGUUAUAAAGUCGUCAGAAGCUGGUCUUCGUAAUUUUGAGGAUUUACAAUAUUUAUCUUCUUUGAUAUUUUCUCAAUCUAAAUUACGAAGUUUCUCUCUUAUGUGUUAUGAUACCGUUAAUGGUUUUUCUCCAAGCGUUUUAACUCCUCUUGCAAGUCAAGCUGAUACCCUUGUUUCUCUUAAUCUUCACGGAAUUCCUUUCCCAGGUGAUUCUUCUAUUCAUGCUUUAACUAUUUGUACAAAUCUUGAAGAAUUAGAUAUUUGUCGUUGCACUAAUGGUCCUGGUUGUCAAUUGGAUCAAAUUUUAAAUGUUGAAUUCCCUAAUCUUCGUAAAGCAAGAGUCGUGGAAUCUUCAAUUCUUUGGGGUCAUCUUAUUGCUUCUGCAAUUAAAAAAAAUCCUAUAGAUUUGGUUGAAGUACAUUAUCAACCAUGGGAAGACGAGGAACAUGAUAUUUUAUCUACUUCUAUUAUACAAAGUAUCACUAAAUGGCAACCAAAAUUGAAAAAAUUUGGUAUUGCUCUUGGUGCUGAUGAAAUUCCUUCAUUGAUAGAAAUCUUAAAUGUUCCAGGAUGUAAAUUAGAAUCCCUUAGUUUAUUUUCUUUAGGUAAACAAGAAAAUGAUCUUGAAAAAAUUUGGCCUGAAUUAGGAAAAAAUUUACCUAUUACUUUAAAACAUCUUAAUAUAUGGAUAUUCAUUGGAGCAAGAGCGAUGAAUCUUUUCUUAAAAAAUACUAAAGCUGUUCUAGAUUCACUAUAUGUUGAUUCUUGGUUUGAAGAUUAUACACAUCCUCCUUAUAUUAAUUUACUUUCUGAUUAUCUCAGAGACCGACCUAUAGAUAUGGAUAACUUUUUCCAUCCAGUAUUAAAUUAA